CAAGUGACUCAUAACACGGGCAGCCGGUUUGCGCGAAGAUGGUCGGGAUUAUUUCCUCGCCUCACGUCUUGUCUCCACGCGUGUUUACGCUCAUGUGUGCCACACGGCUCUGGCUCCCAGCCACCCGGCGGUAUUUAUAGCCAUACAGCGGCGACCAGCAGCACUCAAGGAGAAACCUUCCUCUGAGCAUCAAACUUGUACGGAUUGAGUGACAGAUAGACAGUAGGAGGGAGGGGGCAUGGAUUUAGGAUCCAGCUCAGGAUGAAGGAGCGCACCGCGCCUCAAGAAUUAUGGUGAAUCUGCCAAACUCCUGAUCCCUGCAGAUAUGCUCACCAGUUCCGACCAGUCCCUCUCCCUUUCCUUCACACCAACUCUCCGCUCUCCAUCGCACCGUGGACACAGUCACGUCCAGUCCUCCCUGUCUCUGCCGGAGCCUGAGGACUGGAGGAGGCCCAUCCCGUCUGCUCGUCCUGGCCUGGCUCAGGGGGCUCGCUCCUGCUCCCUGCAGGUCCCCUACGGCGGCCCUGAGAACAUCGGCUUGCCCCCUCGUGCAGCCAGUUUCGACGUGCCCUACAAUCAGGAUGACGGCUCAUCCGAUCAGGGCUCGGGGUCCCUCAGCCCUCACGCCGCACUGCGGCGGCGCGGGGGUCUUGUGGAGCAGAAGGACAUCAUUAUGGCCCACCAGGCUCACAAAAUACAGAGCACACCACAAGCCCGCAGGAAGGAGUGGGAAAUGGCUCGGUUCGGAGACGAGUCCGUUCCCGCCACGGUGGACUCCGGAGAUGGCGACUUGGAGCGCGGUGGCGACGGGCAGGACGCCGCGUCCGGCGGGCUGACCGCUUCCAUGAAGCAAGCCAAAGCGCAGAGGGCCCGGACCAUGGCUCUGUACAACCCCGUCCCUCACCGUCAGAACUGCCUCACCGUCAACAGGUCGCUCUUUAUAUUUGCAGAGGACAACAUCAUUAGGAAAUAUGCAAGGCGGAUAAUAGAGUGGCCGCCUUUCGAAUACAUGAUCCUGGCUACCAUCACUGCUAACUGUGUUGUCCUGGCCUUGGAGCAGCACCUCCCUGGAGAAGACAAGACCCCCAUGGCAAAGAGGCUGGAGAAGACAGAACCUUACUUUAUUGGGAUAUUCUGCUUCGAGGCCGGGAUCAAGCUGGUUGCGCUUGGUUUUGUUUUCCAUAAAGGGUCCUACCUGAGGAAUGGGUGGAAUGUCAUGGACUUUAUAGUCGUUCUCAGUGGGAUCUUGGCCACUGCUGGAGCCCACAUGAACAUCCCUGUUGAUCUUCGGACCCUGAGGGCUGUGCGAGUCCUAAGACCCCUCAAGCUCGUGUCUGGGAUACCCAGCUUACAGAUUGUGCUGAAGUCAAUUAUGAAGGCCAUGAUCCCACUGCUUCAGAUCGGCCUUCUCUUGUUCUUUGCCAUCCUCAUGUUUGCGAUCAUUGGCCUGGAGUUCUACAGUGGGAAACUGCAUCACACCUGCCUCCCAUCGGACGACAUCUUUGAUAAUGAGACUGUUGACUCAUCAGAGUUGGCAUUUGCAUGCGGCGUGAGGAAAUGUCCGGAAAAGUACGACUGCAACGACACCUGGAUUGGGCCCAAUGAUGGCAUUACGCAGUUUGACAACAUUCUAUUUGCUGUUCUCACCGUCUUCCAGUGCAUCACCAUGGAGGGCUGGACAGCUGUGCUUUAUAAUACUAAUGAUGCUCUGGGCACCACAUGGAACUGGAUGUACUUCAUUCCUCUCAUCAUUAUUGGCUCAUUCUUUGUGUUGAAUCUAGUGCUGGGAGUUCUGUCAGGAGAAUUUGCCAAGGAAAGGGAGAGGGUGGAGAACAGGAGAGCCUUCAUGAAGUUACGUCGGCAGCAACAAGUGGAGAGAGAACUGAAUGGCUACCGAGCCUGGAUAGACAGGGCAGAGGAAGUCAUGCUUGCAGAGGAGAAUAAAAAUUCAGGCAGAUCCCCAUUAGAUGUGCUAAAACGAGCAAGUAAAAAAACAGGUGCACGGAGAGGCGCACCAGGAAGUGACAAGUACACAGACAUGUCCACUGCCAGCAUGUCAAGAUCAAGAAUGAACUUUCGCAGCGGCCGUCGUGGCCCAGCUGCCUACCUGCGACGUAAAGAGCGCAUGCUGCGCAUUUCCAUCCGYCGCAUGGUGAAGACAGACACAUUCUAUUUGAUGGUCCUCAGUCUGGUGGCUCUCAACACCAUCUGCGUGGCCAUCGUGCACCAUGACCAGCCUGACUGGCUGACCAUCAUCCUCUACUAUGCAGAGUUUGUGUUCCUGGGGCUGUUUCUGGCUGAGAUGUUUUUGAAAAUGUACGGUCUGGGUUUCCGGCUCUACUUCCAUUCGUCUUUCAACUGCUUCGACUGUGGGGUCAUUAUCGGCAGCAUCUUUGAGGUGGUGUGGGGCUUUUUUAGGCCCGGCAUGUCGUUUGGCAUCAGUGUACUGAGAGCGCUGAGACUUCUGAGAAUAUUCAAGAUCACCAAGUACUGGGCUUCUCUCAGGAACCUGGUUGUUUCCUUGAUGAGCUCCAUGAAGUCCAUUAUCAGCCUGCUUUUUCUUCUCUUUCUCUUCACUGUGGUGUUUGCACUGCUCGGGAUGCAGCUUUUUGGAGGGAGGUUCAUCUUUGAAGAUUACACUCCCACCAACUUUGACACGUUUCCAGCUGCCAUCAUGACAGUGUUUCAGAUUCUGACUGGUGAGGACUGGAACGAGGUGAUGUAUAAUGGGAUCCGCUCGCAAGGAGGCGUUCAGUACGGCAUGUGGUCAUCCAUCUACUUCAUAGUGCUCACUCUGUUCGGUAACUACACACUACUUAAUGUCUUCUUGGCUAUCGCUGUGGAUAAUUUGGCAAAUGCGCAGGAACUAACCAAGGAUGAAGAAGAGGAAGAGGAGUUCUUCAAUCAGAGAUAUGCAAGAGGAAGAGAUGGCUUGAUAUCAGAUGGCAGAAGAAGGCCCUACCUAUACAGAAAACGUGCAAUCCAUAGAGGGCGGCCCAAUUUCCCAGAGGAACCUGACUGUGCAGCGGGGGCUCCAGAUGAGCAGCCCCUUAACGGCACCAGGCCCUUUGCUAACCGCCGGGAGAGGAGAAGAAAAGUUAACAUGUCCGUGUGGGAGCAGAGAGCCAACCAGCUACGCAAACGUCGUCAAAUAGCAAGCAGAGAGGAGCUGUUUGGCAAUCCCACAGAGGACAACAAUGAGACUCCCACCAUUCCCAAACAUGUCCCCGCCAUCUCCUCAGAGACCAGCCCGGCUCACCUGCCCGAGUCUCCCAUGUYAGUGAAGAUGCCCCUACCUGAGCCCCCGAUGUCUGUCUCUAUUCCAAUGCCGGAGCCUCCAGCUGCUGAGCCUCUCGUCAAUUUGAGCGAGGAGAAAACAGCAGGAGCAAACCACCGGACCGCCGGCGGUGGGAGGCACCGCAUGGCCCGGAAGUUCAGGUCCAGUCAGGGGCCAGAAGAAGGAGCCCGGCACAGGCGCCACCGUCACCGAGAAGCCCGGGUUGAAGCCAAGAGUCUGGACUGCACACAGACCCCACGUGAAGUUCUACAUAUCAGACGGUCGCUUAGUCAAGAGAGGAAGACCAUUGAUGAGAGAGAGGAGAAGGAAGACAGAGAAGAGAGUGAGAGAGCUGAAGGAGAGGGAGGACAACAGAACAAUGCACAGAUGGAGGAAGAUGAUGGAACAUGCAUUGUCAAUCCAUACGCAGAAGUCGGUGAAGAGUGCAGAAGAGAUGCGGUACCCAGCAGCGACAUUCCUGACCCUCCGCAGUGCACCAGGUCAAAGCAGGGAGAGGGUGGCUGCAGGAAUCAGUACGAAUUCCUGAGCCAGAACAUGUCAACGGACCCUGCUUUAGAGGGAAAAGAGUACACCGUGAGUACCAUCGAGGCGGAGAAACGCAAGAUAUCCAUCAAGCGUGAUAAGUCCAACCCGGAGGGAAGCGUGGCCAUUGAAAUGUCUUCACAGCCCCUUCUGGAGCUCACUCCUGGCACAGAGAACAGCAAAGAGUUGGAGGCGUACCAGUCUGAUGAGAAAGAGGAGGAAACAGAGGAUGAGGAACCGCCGAUGCCUCCUAAAGCCGUAGCGCCUGACAGCAUGUUCAUCUUCAAAGCCUCCAACCCCAUUAGGAGGAUCUGUCACUAUGUGGUCAAUCUUCGCUACUUUGAAAUGACCAUCCUCCUCGUGAUUGUGGCGAGUAGCAUCGCGUUGGCAGCGGAGGACCCCGUGUGCACAAGCUCAGACAGAAACAAGGUGCUGCGAUAUUUUGAUUACGUCUUCACUGGAGUGUUCACCUUUGAAAUGAUCAUAAAGAUGAUAGACCAGGGUCUCAUUCUGCAUGAUGGCUCCUAUUUCCGAGACAUGUGGAACCUCCUGGACUUCAUUGUAGUGGUGGGAGCUCUGAUCGCCUUUGCUCUAACGAAUGUGAUGGGAAACAACAAGGGCCGAGACAUCAAGACAAUAAAGUCCCUCCGAGUUCUGAGAGUUCUGCGACCUCUUAAAACCAUCAAGAGGCUUCCUAAGCUCAAGGCUGUUUUCGACUGUGUGGUCACGUCUCUGAAGAACGUCUUCAACAUCCUCAUUGUGUAUCAGCUCUUUAUGUUCAUCUUUGCUGUCAUCGCGGUCCAGCUCUUUAAGGGGAAGUUCUUCUUUUGCACUGACAGCUCCAUGAAAACAGAAAAGGAAUGUCGAGGCUUCUACAUUGACUACAGCAGAGACAAGAAAGAGGUCAAGAGAAGAGAGUGGAGGAGACACGAGUUUCACUACGACAACGUCUGCUGGGCCCUGCUCACGCUUUUCACUGUGUCGACUGGGGAAGGGUGGCCUCAGGUCCUUCAACACUCCACCGAUGUCACAGAGGAGAACAUGGGGCCAAGUCGCGGGAACCGRAUGGAAAUGUCCGUCUUCUACGUGGUCUACUUUGUGGUCUUUCCGUUCUUCUUCGUCAACAUCUUUGUGGCUCUUAUCAUCAUCACCUUCCAGGAGCAGGGCGAUAAGAUGAUUCAGGAGUGCAGUCUGGAGAAGAAUGAGAGGGCCUGCAUUGACUUUGCCAUCAGCGCCAAGCCGAUGACCCGCUACAUGCCCCAGAACAGACAAACCUUCCAGUACAGACUCUGGCACUUUGUGGCAUCGCCUUCUUUUGAGUACACGGUGCUUGUUAUGAUCGCCCUGAACACAGUUGUUCUCAUGAUGAAGUACCACUCCGCCCCAACAGCGUACGAUGCYGUCCUGAAGCACCUAAACACAGCCUUCACAGUGCUGUUCUCCAUGGAGUGUAUACUGAAGAUAAUGGCUUUUGGAUUAGUGAACUACUUUCGAGACACUUGGAACAUUUUUGACUUUAUCACUGUUCUUGGCAGCAUCACGGAAAUAAUUGUGGACUUGCAGUCGGUGAACACCACCAUCAACAUGAGUUUCCUGAAGCUUUUUCGGACAGCCAGGCUGAUCAAGCUGCUGAGACAGGGCUACACUAUCCGCAUUCUGCUUUGGACAUUCGUACAGUCCUUUAAGGCUCUACCGUAUGUCUGCCUUCUCAUCGCCAUGCUUUUCUUCAUCUAYGCCAUAAUUGGAAUGCAGGUGUUCGGAAACAUCAAGCUGAAUGAUGAGAGUCACAUCAAUCAACACAACAACUUUAAGACCUUUUUCAGUGCACUUAUGCUUCUGUUCAGGAGUGCAACAGGGGAGUCCUGGCAGGAGAUUAUGCUCUCCUGUCUGUCCGGACAGGAGUGUGAACCAGAUCCCUCCAUUGCCCCCCUCACCAUGUCUCCAGACCACGAGGGUGGGUGUGGGACUGACUUCGCUUAUUGCUACUUUGUCUCCUUCAUCUUCUUCAGCUCUUUUCUGAUGCUGAAUCUAUUUGUGGCUGUGAUCAUGGAUAACUUUGAGUAUCUGACACGAGACUCUUCUAUUCUGGGCCCUCAUCAUCUGGAUGAAUUUGUUCGCAUAUGGGGCGAGUAUGAUAGACUGGCAUGUGGGCGUAUUCACUACACAGCUAUGUACGAGAUGUUGACACACAUGUCUCCGCCUCUGGGCUUGGGUAAAAAAUGUCCCGCUAAGAUCGCCUACAAGAGGUUGGUGUUGAUGAACAUGCCCGUGGAUGAGGACAUGUCUGUCCACUUCACUUCAACUCUAAUGUCACUGAUUCGCACAGCKUUGGAUAUCAAAAUAGCUCGAGGGGGGGAGGACCGCAUUGCUCUGGAUGCUGAGCUACAGAAGGAGAUCAGCAUCAUUUGGCCUUACCUGCCGCAGAAGACCUUGGAUCUCCUGGUUCCUAUCAACAAAGAUACCGACAUGACAGUGGGGAAGAUCUAUGCUUCAAUGAUGAUAAUGGACUACUUCAAACAGAACAAAGCAAAAAAGCUGAGGCAACAGCUGGAAGCUCAGAAAAGCAACUUAAUGUUUAAACGUCUGGACGCCUCCACCCUACCUGAGGACAUUCUGUCCAACACCACUCCACUGCCCAUGAUGGCUCACAGCGCGGGUUCGGCMCUAACCAGAGGGGGCUUUGUGGCUUUGAGUCCUAUCUCACCCCAGGAGCUAUUUUUGCCGCCCAUAAGCUCAGACACUGAUGCCGGUCAGCAGCAGAAUGUGGUGGGCGAGUGCAUUUGGGGCAUUAAAGUCCCAUUGGAGCUUCCACUUGGGAGAGGCCUUUGCGUGCGGGCCUCCUCUAUGCCGCGUCUGGCCGUAGAGUUGCAGCAGGAAGAGGCUAAAGGUGGCUCCAUGAAGCGUUCAGUCUCCACGGUUGCAGAUCAACGUGUAAACGGUCUCUGGGAGGAGGAGAAAAGCCCUGAGAGAGUGUACCGACCUCGACAUAAAAGCUACAAGGCUGCUGUGUCACGGUCUGAGCACAGAGAGCGAGGUCGUUCCAAGGAGCAUUGUCACCUGCUGUCUCCAGACACGUCUCGCUGUAACUCAGAGGAAAGAAGCUUGCAACCCUCACGUUCCUCCAGCGUAGAACAAGCCCUUCCCCAGGAUAAACAGGGUAACAGCUCAGACAGCCCAGUACCGUCCACCUCAGAGUCCAGCACACCCAGCGGCCGACGACCUCUCUCACAAACCCCAACCCGAUCUCGCCCUCACAUCUCCUAUUCCCCUCUUGUGUGUCGCACACAAGCCUCUGCCGGAGAGGAUGAUGAUGAACAAGGCAGCCCAGAGACGACAAGACGGAGCAAGRCCUCAUGGGAGACCCAAGAAGGAGCUGCGGGAGGGAGGCGGAGUCAGCUUGACAUAAACGCGUCCCCGCCUCGACGCUACCCCUCAGAGCCUUUCCUGGCUUCACAAGAAGACGACCACAGCCCGGAUCCCUCUGGUCCCAUGGAGACRUUGACCUUCGAGGCGGCCGUGGCCUGCAGCCUGGGACGCUCAAACACCAUUGGCUCAGCCCACCCACGCUGGCGGACCGGCUGGCAGGUCCCCAACGGACACUUUAGGAAGCGUCUGAUGCAGACGGCCUCCGCUGCAGGCUGCGACCCCCUCAGCGACACAGAGGAGGACGACAGGUGCUAGGGUCGGGACACACAGCAUGGACGAGGACAUCGGCACCCUUGAAAUGAAAGUCAAUGAGUCUCUUUUUUUUUUUCUUUGCCUUGUCAAGGUUGUGAGCCCUCUGGAUGUCGGGCAAAUACCUAAAAUGACAAAAGACCUUAAAACUUCCUGAAACUGUAGAUGCCAACUUACAAAGAACACUGACAAUCAAUAAGGUCUAUUUCCUGAUUUGUACUUGAUGAUACAGAGUAAUAAUGCAUCUCAAGUUGUCACUGAGUAAAGAAAAUKACUGAAAACAAUGGACCAGGUCAUGCCAUUUGUGUCAAUAGGUAUUUUCAUUUCUGAAGAUGUUUUUAAAAGAUUCUGUGUUGCUCUAAAAGGUAUUUAUCUGUGGGGUGUGUGAAUAUGUAACUAUGUUUUGUUAUAUUUUUUCUGUAAAUAAAUCCUGAUCAUCUCACCAUUGCCAUGUAUUAGAACAGGUCAGUGCAACAAGCCAUCAUAAAGAGGCAAUCUGAUACUUUUCCAGGCAGUGAUAUAUUAAUAAUAAGAGAUAUACUAAUAAUGCUGGAUUUUUUUACUGUAUGAAUGAAUGUGCAGAGGUCAACAGUCUAAUUUCCCCUCUUCAUUUUUCUUUUCUGGUAUUUAAGCAUUGUAAGUUCACAAAUCUGGGAUAUGGUUAAAGUAAUAGAAUAUCAUAGAAUGAUUCGUUUGUGAUUUCACUUAAUAUAAUUAUUAAAUCAUGCAAUCAUCACACCUCGGAUCUCUAACUUUGGUCAGUUUUACAUCAUUUUUAUUUCUCAAUCCCUUUAAACUCUGAACUUUUUUGGCAAAAAGACUGUGGCAGAAAACUAACAUUGCAUAWCAUGCAGAGCAGAAAUUUGUCACGGUGAAAAAUGAGGAAAUGCUUUUCUUCAAUUUCUGAGCAUUAAAGCAUCUCAGAAUAAUUGAGAGUGCAGUUUUACCACAUAAUGAUCACAAAACUGAUCUCCAUCUAUGAUUGUGCGCACUACAUGAAGAGCGUGAAACAUGAACUAUAGAAACUUUGCAGGUACAUCAUGACACAUUUUGCUUCAAAAAAUACACAUUACUCUAAUGCAUUUGCAAAUAAUGUACAGAGAAAAGAUGCUGUUUAUAACAUUUUAAAAAAGGGAAAAAUAAUUAUCUUUGCUGGCAAGCUUUAAAGAUGGAAUCUUUGGAAAUAUUCAUAUUAAGGUUGUGUAUUGUUUUAUUUGCCUGACAAAUAGGUGAAAUUAUUGAAGCUCUCUUAACCAAAAGAUUUUACUUUAAGUUCCAGGAAUGCAAAUACUCUGUGGGUUCGUAUGUGUACAAUAGCUGUAUAUACGAGUAAAGGUGUMCUCAAAUGGCCAUUGU